UGUCGCUAUUUCGAAUUGGAGAAAUAAUUUGAUACAAGAAAAUGAAAGGAGAAAAUCUGAAAUUAAACAAACAAAGGAAAAAAGAAUUGAAAUAGAGAAAACGUUAAAUGAAACUGUAGAUCGCGUUUUGAAAUUACAAAAUUGGAGAGAUGAAAUUGAGAAGGAAAGGGUCAAAGCUGCUAAGCUAGCAAAAAUCAAAAAGGAUUGUUCACUAGAAAGUGAAUACGACCCGGAAAACCCAAAACAAUCUGUUAUUAAGAAGGUGUUUAAAGUUGGUAUGGAUUUAUUAAUUGAAGGGGGUUCCAAUGCUGCAACAGCUGCGUGUGCUCCAGCUUUAUUCUUAGCACCUGCGUGUGGGUUUGCUGUCAAAAAGGCUGGAGAUUUGCUAUUUUGGGGAAUGGAAAAGACAUGCGAGCAUCUUGAUAAGAAACAGGCGGGACUGUCGUGAA